AUGGACGACAGUAGCAAGAUCAGGCCUUACAUAGCUCACCUGGAUGCUCAGCUGGCAAAGCUGGGUCCUGAAAUCGACAAGUUUACUCAGAAAUCGCUUAAUGAACAGAUACUGCUGCAGAACGAUAAACGGGCUCAACUAGAACUCUCGAACCGGUACGCUUACGUGCUAUCAUCACUGAUAUUUGCUUACAUGAAGCUGCAAAAUGUCAAAGAUCUCACCCCGAUAAAGCAAGAGCUGGGGCGUGUGAAGCGCUACAUGGACUUGGCUCGCCAGUUGGACCAAAAAGAUGAAAAGAAGGAACAGCAACAACAACAAGACCAGGAACGCGCAAAGCGUAUCAUCAAUUCGGCCCUCGACGGCAGGUCAUCUAGUCCAGCUAUCAGCAAAGUCAACUUUCAAGGCAAGCAUACCAAAUUUACCGACGAGGCCAAAGAGCACAAUACUUCAGCGCUGAAAAAGACUAAGGCGAAGGGGAAAGUAAGUAAGAAAGGCAAGAAUUAA